AUGGAAACCGCAGUCGAUGGAACGCUGUCGGCAACGCAGGGCAGCCUAGCUAACCACUCCGGCAUGUCUCAGUUAUCUACAAAGACGAAAAAACAGCUUUUCCUGCACCAACGCGCGGAGCGCUUGCGAGAUCCAAAGGUUCGCCAUAUGGGAAUCGAUCGGCAGGCUUUAGAUGAACAAGUACGCGAGAAAGAGGCUCUCAAGCUCCUAGAGAAGGAGCGGGAUAGCUACUUCGACCGCCAGGCCCUGCUCAUGGACCGACAUGCCGUUGCCCUGCAGCAGGAAGUAAAUAGAAUCCGAACAGAGCGCGAAAGGGAUUUGUGUGAUUACCGUCAGACUUUUCAGAAAAAUGAACUGCGACGAGAGUGGGAUUUGAACGAUCCUCAGGCCAAGGCAAAGGAGCUGCCCGCACGGGUGGGCGACGACGACCCUCGUAACGGCCCAUCCUCUCUUCAAAAGUUUGAAGGUGAGGAUCUCGACUUCCGCGAGCGACGUGCCGCGCAGCAACGGCAGCAACGCGAUUGGGCUCAGCAGCAGACCGACGAGAAGCUGGUGAAGAAGUGGAUGGAACAGGAGGCGAAUCGUGCCUUUGAUGAUCGCAAUGAGGAAACAAACUACCGAAUCUACCAGAUCGAGCGAAACAUCGCGGAGCAGCGGCGGCUACGAGAUGUGUGUACGGCAGAGUUCAACAAGAAAUUAGCAGAGCAGCAGCGACAGGAGGCGAUUAGUGCGAAGGAGGAGGAUACUCGUCUUGGCCUUGAGGAAAUUGCCUACCUCACCUCGUGUGAUUUCUUGAAUGAGCGACAGACUGUCGUGUCGAAAAUUGGCGAAACAGUCAAAGGGGAAAAUUACAAAUGUAUGUCCGAGUCUCAAAAAAUGAAGCUACGUGCGGAGCAAGAAGAACAGCUGCAGCAGUUGCGGCGGCGGCGCUUGCUGGAGGUUGAAGAAGAAAAGCAAUGGGCUCAGCAGGAGAACAUGCAGCUCCGCAUGGCUCAAUCCCUAGACCGACAACGUGAACGGGAGCGAAAGGCAGAGCUCAAGGAGCUCGCGAAUUUCCACAAAACUCAAGCAAAUGCGGCUAAGGAUCGUACAGAAAUGCUAAAUCAGUUGUAUACUAAUCAAGUAGAUGAAGAUUAUUUCAAGUACUGGGAUAGAUGCAUGUAG